AGCAAAAUCAGUGUGGAAAAAGAGUGAGUUUCGCGGAGUGUAACAGAGAUGGCUUUGAGCUUGAAACCUUAUUGUCUGGUUGUUUUGUUUUUGUUUUCGAUAAGUUUGAAUGCAUUGGUCAGUGAUGUAGGUGCAGCAGGAGAGUGCGGGAGGACCCCAAUCAGGUCGGCUGCAGCAAGCUUAAGCCCAUGCCUGGGAGCGGCUCGGAAUGCAAGGGCUAAAGUUCCUCCAGCUUGCUGCGCCAAGGUGGGUGCCUUACUCAGGACUUCUCCGAGGUGCCUUUGUGCUAUUUUGCUAUCACCAUUGGCAAAGCAGGCCGGGAUCAUGCCUGGGAUUGCUAUUGCCAUUCCCAAAAAAUGCUAUAUUAGGAACAGGCAAGCUGGCAAAAAAUGUGGAAGGUAUACAGUCCCAUAAGAAAGCAACGAUGAAGGAGAAUAAUGGGUGAUUUUGUAGGAGGGAGAAGCUGAGAGCUAUGAAUAAAGUAUUGGUGCAUGGUUACUUGGUGAUUCAUAUAUUAGUUUUAAUGUAAUGUUGAGAAUUUGUGUAAGAUGUGGAGGUUGCUUCAACACCUACGUCUUCUUUUAUGUACCUUCACCUCUACAUUAUAAUAAUAAUAAUCCUUAAAUACAAA